GUCCCCGCCUCCUAGAAGCGCUCGGGAAGCCGCACCUCCCGAGACAAGAGUCCUCUAUCCAGCCCCAGCCAUGGCGCAGGGUCAGGAGGGUAAUGACCCCAUCGGAUCCAUCCUAAUCCAGGUCCAGGAGGACCUUCAUCAAUUAAAGGAGAAAUUAACAAAAUUCUCAAGUGGGGAGACAAGAGACCCUCUAGACAUUAAGAAUCUUGAGACAGCAAUCCAAAGGACUGAAAUGGGGUUAAAAAUUCACAUCGAGAAGUAUCUAGAUGUUGUAAACCACCAGGUGUUAACGGCUCCUGUGGAUGAAAGCGUACAUUCUCCUAUAACUUCCAGAUGGUUGAUUCCAAAUGUAAUUGACCAGAAAUCCUUUGUUUUCCCUAUGGAGUCUGAGGAUAAUAAACUUGGGCGACCUCAAAAGCAGCGCAGUUUGGUUUCACAUGGCCUUACAAGAGCAAAGCCAAAGACAGAGUUGAAUGCAAAGAUCAUGCAGGAUCCGGAGAACUUGCACCACAGAGCUGCCGUGAGUGAGAGCUAUGGGAUCAGUUUGCCAUAUAUUAACCAGAGAAAAGCACAUGAGAAGGUUCAGCGGUUAAUAAAAGGGUCCACAAUAUCCAACCUCACGGUUCUGCCAUCUUCUCAUCGCACUGAUCCCCAUUUUAUUCCCAUUCCCAUCUUGCAAAGGGAUGCCAGCAAAGGGAUCUUAAGUAUGAUCCAGCGAGGGCUGAUUCCCCCAACAGCAAGGAUCACCUUGCAGAAUCCACCCAUUAAACCCCAAGCAAUUCCUCUGCAUAGUUUUGAUGAGCCACGCAAGAUUCCAACAGAAGCCCCCUUUGCUCCAGCUCAGAGGACACACCAUGUUCUGAAAGAAGUGGAGGAGCCUCACAAGAAACAAAAGACAAAGGUACUCAUGCCAACACAGAGAGCAAGCAAGUUCCACCCUCGAGGGAAAGGCAAAAGGUCAAGAGGACUCCUCAGUAGGAAGGCUAUGAAAAUUACUACACCGUCAAAGACUGCAAAAUUACCAUGGGAUUAUGACUUUUUUAUUUAUGAUGGCACCAUAGACAAGACAGCCCCAGACUUCUUAGCAUUCAAGGCACAUUAUAGUUUAGCCUGGGGAAGUAUUUUUUCUCUUCUGGAACAAAUUGAGAAGUUUCUCAAGGACUAUGCAAUAUCAGAAGCCAAAGUUAAAGGGAGGAAUUUGUUGGCCCUGCUUCCAGAAUUUGAGCUGAAGAAUAAACUUACCCGAGAUGAUGUUCUGUUAGUGCUAGAGAACCCUCUUCAGAUCCAAAUGCUGUUAAACCUUCCGGGACAGAGGUACAAGGGCCAAGAUGGAAAGACGGAGGCUGCCAUCAAGAUCCAAGCCACAUGGAAAUGUCACAAGGCGAGACAAUUCUUCAUUGCUUAUCGCCAGAAGAAGUGGGCCUCAGGUGUGAUCGCCCUUGCGUGGCUUUUAUAUUGCCACAAGAUAAGGAUAAAGAAGAUACUGAAGGAAUCUCGUCAGAGACACCUGGAGAAUUUCCGCAUUCGAGCCAAGCAUCUGGCAGCCAACUGGAGUCGCAUCAGGACCUCCAGGAGGACUAUUAUCCAUAUCCCAUCAUUAGGGUAUGCCCAGCCUGUGCGAAAACGCAUCUCUGAUUUUGACAUACAGCAGAACAUGCAGCUGGGGAGGCUGUGCGACAUCCUAGAUCCCAAUGUCAAUGUCAUCUACAUCUGCUCCCAUCCUAUGAAUGAUGAGUUAAAGCUGUACUACAAAAAACUCCUGAGUCUACAAGCAGCUGUCAAGUCGGGGUACUAUGAGGAUAGGAGUGACCUGCAGAACAGGUUCAGAAUUAUCACCCCUGAAGCUGUAAACAUCUUCACUAAGCAUCACAUGUGCCUGGCCACUCACCUGAUGUACAGUCCCAAGGCAAUCAAAAGAAUCAAAAAUCUCAUCCAAGGAAAGGAGGCCUACAUCGUGGGCGGGCUCCUCCACAGAGACGACUUGGCUGUGGCUGAUAUGCUGAACGUACCCAUCCUGGGCUCAGAGCCCGAGCUUGUUCACCUUUACAGUGGCAAGUCUGGAAGUAAACGGAUCUUUGACAGUGAUAAUGUGCCAAUGCCUCCUGGAAUAUAUGACAUCUAUACUUACCAGCAGAUGAUAGAACAAUUGAGCCAGUUGGUGACUGAUCACCUACAAAUCCGACGCUGGGUCUUUAAAAUGAACACAGAAUUUGGAGGAAAUGGGACAGCAUUUUGUGACAUCCCUUCCCACCUCCAGUGCUACAAGUGGGUGCUAAAGGAGAGUAACAAGUACGGCCAAGAAGACUGGAAGAAGAAGUGGGCCCAAGAGCCAGCUCUGGCGAAGAUCUCCGAGGAGCUGGCGGGCAUUUUAGCACAGCACGUACAGCCAGUCAAUGAGAAACGGUUCCCGACGUGGAGGAAAUUCCUCCAAAUGUUUCUCACUCAAGGUGGCGUGAUUGAAGCAUACCCACCUGCAGACAGUGUCACCAACAUCACCGUAGACAUGUUGAUAGAGCCUGAUGGAGAAGUCAGAGUGCUGUCAGUGGGGGACCAGUUUCAUGCUGAAGGCCCCUUUAUUUCUUCUGGUACCACCAUGCCUCAGACCUCAGUGGAUCCCCAAGUUCUCAGAUCUUUGUGUCUACGAAUUGGAAAUGCCUGCAAAAAGAAAGAUGUGAUUGGUUACUUUUCUAUAGAUCUGGUGACUUUUAUUGACCCAAACACCUUAGAGCAGCAGGUAUGGACAACAGGCCUCAACCUCUCAUACAGUGACCAGUUAUCCAUGACUCAGCUCACCCUGUACUUGACAAAUGGCCAUCUGGAUUGUGGUAUGAGCACCCUGGAAGUGCCCCGCUUUGAUCAAGAUACAGAAAGGAAGAAAACGCGCCUUAGCAUCCAGGCAGAGCUGUCACCAGAAACCAGUCGCUAUGCAGUGAUGACCACCCAGCUGAAGCACGACAAUCUCUCCCUAGUCUUCUAUUAUGUUUUUCUUCAGAUGUGUAAGGCCCGUGGCAUUGGCUAUGACCUUGAGGACAGACAAGGAACUGUUUUUAUAUUAUAUGAACCUCUGAAGAGAUACAAGUUGGGCAUGUUAACAAUCGGUGUGGAUCUCCAGGGGGUCCUCAUGACCUUUGCUCGCAAUCUCUUCAUCAUCCAUCAGGAAAUAUCAGCACCUAAUAUGCAAGGCGAGACCAAUUUUAAGACUACCAUUGAUGAUAUCGAAACCAUUUUAGGAGUAACUGAAGAAAAUAAAAUGAGAUUUGAAGGAGAAAAAGAGCUCAAAGACAAGGAGAAAAACCAGUAUGAGCCUGUUGAGAUACACUUAGAUACAUCAUGACUGGAUCCCUGUCUAGAGAAAGAAAGAACAAUAUUUCCUUUGCUGUUAGUGUAAAAGUGGGGAAGUUAAGUUUGCUUUGUUUGCCAAGAGGUAAAUCAGAACAAAUUGUAAUGUAAUAGUCUUUAAAAUCCUAUUUAUUAUGUAAUGUUGUUAUCUUACUCAUUAAACAAACCUACUGGUGUUUU